AUGAGGGCUCAGAGUGAUCCGUGGUUUGCAGAUUAUUUGUUGCACAUUGGUGGUGGAACGAAAGAGGUUAACGGAGAUGGCAAUGUUCGUAUUUCAGAUGAGAUCUGUAUUCCGUACUCUGGUGAUGCCGAGAAAGAUCUUCAUAGUCUGAUUGACAGCAUCUUCCCAAAUCUGAAUGCAAACAUGGCGGACAAAGACUACAUCACCACCAGAGCGAUUUUAUCUACACGCAAUGAUUGGGUGGACAUGAUCAAUAUGAAAAUGAUUGAUAUGUUCCAAGGUGGUGAGACGGUGUAUCACAGUUUUGACACCGCUGUAGAUGAUCCACAUAACUACUAUCCAUCAGAGUUUCUUAAUAGCCUGACCCCCAACGGGCUGCCACCACAUGUCUUGAAGCUGAAGUUCGGGUGUCCUGUCAUAUUGCUUAGGAAUAUUGACCCUGCCAAUGGGCUAUGCAACGGUACAAGGUUGGUGUUUAAGAGGAAGCAGUUUCCUAUCAGGCUGAGCUUUGCCAUGACGACGUAUUGUGACGCCUACAAGGAGUUUUUGGACGUGAGUAUUGUGACGCCUACAAGGAGUUUCUGGACGUGA